UAUGGGGCUUUGGUUAAUUUCUCUCGUUGUGUAUGUGAGAUCUGCUCUAUUUUUCAAUUUCUGAUUAAUUAAAAAUCCCUCUUCAAUUCUUUUUAAUUAAUGCUUUCACGAGAAAAUGAAUAAAAUCCAAUUUUAAUUUUUCGUAAAUUUCGUGAAAUUUUUGAAAAAUGUUUUUUUUAAGUAUAAAGUCACAAUUAAGAUUGUUUUAUUUCAAAAGAAAACAGAAAAGUUGUGAAAAUUUUAUUCAUAAGAUUGCAAAAAAUACAAAUAGUUGUACGCAACUAGUUGCAUACAACUCAAUAUACUUGUUGCCCAUUGAGUCCAUGGAAACCAAAUUUAAUAUUUACACCGGUAAACGAAUUUUGUGAAUUUUCCUUAAUUAUUGAAAGAGCUCCAAGAACAAUGGACCGAAAUCCCGAAGUAUCUUCAUUCCUCGAAGAAGAAGAAAGGUUGGCUAAAUUCGGUAGAAAGGAUAAAGAUGGGCAAACACCGAAUGCAGAGAAGGAAGAAGAAGUCAUCGGGCCGGUAUCUUCAGAUUCUGACUCUGAUGAUUAUGAAUUAAUUCAGAAUUUCAGUGAAAAACGUGGCAAAGAUAUCCUGUUCAAUCAACUGAAUUACACAAAAAUUAUUCUUGACUUAGAGCUUCAAAAGGAACUUUGCCUGGAAGUUGGUGUCAAUAUAUCGGAUGAAUUUCCUUGGAAACUGAUGAAAAAGGAAAUUCUGGAGGAUUAUCUAACAGACAAUCAUCCUGAAACUGAAAUUCUUCGAAAUAAACUCAAUCAAUUGGACAACGACAGUGUUAUCCUUGUUGGGUAUCUAUCAGACUUUGCUGAGGAGGGAACAUUUAUCGUGUACGACGAUGCUGAAUCCGCUAGGACUGCUUCUCGUGUUGUUGAACAACUGGAAGCUCUCCAGAGGCAUAAGCUGAAGAGGAGAUUAACGAAAAUUCCACGAAAAUGGGAAUGCCUCGGAAGCGACAAGGAAGUUAAUGAAUACGCUCCACGCAAGCGUGAUAAUAUCGUGAAUGUGCAGAUUCAGAGCACAUAUCCUGUACGUCUUGGAAGGGAAAUGAAGCUCGAGCAACGCUUCUGUGAUGAUGCUAGGGAUGGAUAUGUUGAGCUUGUAGCUGGGAAGAAAGUCUUUGAUAACAUUUACAAGAGCCGAAUUGAUUCAUUCAUCCAAUGUGCUCCGAUGCGCGUUAAUUUGGAGCAACAAACAGAUCCGACCUUUCCCACAAAUGCCUGGUCACAGUACAUCUACGUCAUUGAGCGUGAAAGACGUGAAAAGUUGGAGGCAGAACUUAAGGCAAAAGCCGCCGAAGAAGCUGCUGCAGGUGGUGAAGUGGAAGAAGAGGAGACCGAGGAGGGAGAACAAACAACCCCAGAAAUCAAAACUGUUGUCCUAUCGCGGCAGAUUGAGGAAUUCUUAGCUGCAUUAGAAUUCAAUCAAGUUGAUAUGUAUCGUAAUGAUUACAUUCUUGCCAGAUCGAAGCGUCUCUCACCCUUCCAAGUGCCGCAUUUGGCGGAGAAGUUCUGCUUCGCCGACAUCUCCAAGACUUCUGGACGAAGAGUUCAAUGUAUUGAAUGGCAUCCAACUGUUUCGGGGGUUUUUGUGGCAUCAUAUGCCUUUGAUACACCAUCCGUGAAAAUUCCCACCAGUGACACCACAGAUCUCAUAAAUAGGAUUGUUCUGCAACCCAAUUAUGUUCUUAUGUGGGCUUUUGAUGACACAUUGUCUCCAAAAUUGCAACUGGAAGCCCCCAGAGAAGUUUGUGUCCUUUCAUUUUGUCCUUUCGAUCCAACAAUCCUAGUUGGAGGCCUCGUGAAUGGACAAAUAAUUAUUUGGGACCUCAAAGAUAGGCUAACAGAUUGUGACUCUGAGGAGCUUUUAACGCCCAAACAGGCGAGGAACCGUGAAUUGAUGAAGGAAUUCCUUCGAUGGACUAACACAAAGAAUCAAUAUCUGUUCGUUCGUAGAGCAACAAUUAGUGCUCUGGAAUAUUCUCAGCAGGGUCAAAUCACCGGAAUUCGUUGGCUAAACUCCCACCAUAUGAUCACAACUGGUGGUGAAAUCCGAGAAAAUGAGAAAGAAAGUAAUAGAAUUUUUGUAACUGCCUCCCUAGAUGGGACUGUGGCAUUUUGGGAUCUUCUUCAUCCCGAAAAGUGCCUGGACAGAAGGACACCAACAAAGAAGAAACAACUCAAUCUUCCUGCGAGUAUUUCCGAAGGAAUGUCCGAAUAUGCUAAAUAUGAUCGGCUAUUUCGUCCUCAGAACAUGAUCAGUGUUAAGAAACCUAUUUCAGCAAUGAUCUUCAAUGAUGCCCAAUUUCGUAUGGAACCUAUAGGAUCCACUAAUAGAGCUCUCACCAUUAAAAUCCCUUUCAGGAUGAUCCCUUUGCCACCGCUAAAAAUAGAACCGAGAGAUGAAGUUGACGAAGAGGAAAUUGAGGAGGAAUUCAAUCCUCUAAAUUGCUUCUACAUCUCAACGAGUCUUGGUGAGAUUUACGAAGUGAAAUGGAAGGGACAUGAAACCGAUCCUCAGGCAGUAAUCAAUCGUGAUCAAGGAAAUCUCACGCAAAGCUUUGCUCCCAUUCACGAUGGUCCAGUUGUAGUGUUGGAGAGGAAUCCCUUUAUCCCAGAUGUAAUUUUGUCAAUUGGAACGAGAGUCCUCGCAAUCUGGCGCCUCGAUACACCACAAACACCCAUCUACUACCGUCGGCGUCCAGCAGCUCUUGUCUCAGCCAAGUGGAGCAUUCGACGUGCUGCCGUUUUCUUCAUUACCCGCGACGAUGGUGACAUUGAGAUAUGGGAUUUGCUCAAUCAAACUCAAUCCCCCACGCUUGUGGAGAGCAUUGGUAGCCAGAUAGUGACGACAAUAGUGCAGCAAAAGCUCCCACUGAUGCAGGAUGUCGUGGCAAUUGGCGACUUCAACAGUAACAUUCGCAUUCUCGUCAUUCCACCACCUCUCGCGACAGCCACACCUGACGAAGUCAACCAUCUCGAUCGUCUAAUUGGCAGUGAGAUUGAUCGCCGCAGGCAUUUGGCUAACUUACAGGCGGAAUGGUUUGCCGCCAAUGAAGACAUUAUUGCGGCAAAGCGUCAAAUGGAGCUCGAUGCACGCGAGGCGGAAGAGCGACGUCAACGUCUGGCCAGAGAUCAAGAGGACGCAAAACGCCUCAGGGAGGAGAAGGAGGCACGUAGGCGUGCAAUGAGAGACAAGAAAAAGAUCACCUUUGACCUACCGCAGCAGCUAAAUCGAAAGUGGGACGAAAUGAAUUUGAUGCGUCUCAUGAAAAUGAUAAUGACGAUGAAGAAAUUCAAUCCAGAUCAGGUGGCACAACAAAUUGCCCCAGAAAAGGAAAGAUUGGAGUAUGAACGCACAAAAAAGGCCACAAUUCAGCAAUCUUUUGCAAAAGUCGAUGAGGAGCUCAUUGCAAUACGGCAGAGAUUGAUGCCCGUGCAGGAGACUCUUGUUGAUCGACGGACAUUGAUUAAGGAUUUGCUUGAGGAGAUUCUCAAGCAGGAAUUUGAUUAUGCUGCCUUUGAGAAAAGUACUCUCAUGGAAAUUGCGGAAUAUAAGAAGAAUGGUUCUCUCAAAUUCAAUGAUAUCCUCGCGAGAGGACAAAAGAGCAGAGAAAUUAUAAAUAAGAGCUUUGGAAACACCCUUCAUCAAGAUCUUUAUGAAGAGCAAAAAAGAUUCCGCCAGGGCUACAGGAAGUCCACUCAGGAUCCGGCAUCUCGUGUGGAGUCAUCAAGAGCAAGUCGUCGUGCUCGAUCAGUCACAUUUCCCGAUGAUGUUAAAUCUGACGAGUAAAAGCGAUCAAAUGUUUAAAUUUCUCUAUAUACGCAACAAAUUGCUCCAUCACCCCGCUAAAAUUGCAAUUGGCAACAGACAAUCCAAUUUUGUGUCCAAUUUUCCCCAUUCUUCCGAUCUUUUUGUACCCAAGCUUUUUUUCUGUUUUCCUUCAAAAGGUUGUUUUUUGUGUGGAAAAAAGUCGUGUACUACGUGUCUUCACCAUUCUCUUCUGCACAUGAGUGUGAAAAAAAAGACGUAAGGUAACUAAUAAAAAUGUAUUGAAAUUGCAAAAAAAAAACGAAGAAAAAUAAAAAGAAUG